AGAUUCGGGUUUCGUUCCCAUUUUUGGAUCCCUUCAGAACUGAACCACACGCCGUUACGAAGCUUCGAGUUCAGAGGGUCGACGCAUCAUAGCAUACAAGCAACGGCGGCGGAAACCACCGUUCGACGCCGAUCUUUUUCCACCGUUUCUUCAAAGUGUAAAGUCUUCGCUUCUCCCGUUCAUUUCUUCAGAAGAACGUCAUGGCAAUGAACCGUGCCAGGUAUAUUAGACACAUUCUUACCACCAAAGAGGUAGUUGGGGUUGCAUGCCAACGAACUUUUGCCACCGGUAAAGCAAAGAAAGGAUCUAAAGGGGGUGCAGCUGCUGAUGCGCCCAAAGCAUCAACUCUUAGCAAGGAAGUCAAGUCUAGUACAGUUGUAGGUGCCAACAUUCUCAAGGAAGGAACUGAUCCAAAAAUCCAGCCUGAUUCAGAAUACCCUGACUGGUUGUGGCAUCUGCUUGAUAAACGCCCUGCACUUAGUGAACUGCGUAGGAGGAAUAUUGAUACACUAUCUUAUGAAGAUCUAAAACGCUUUGUUAAGCUGGAUACCCGAGCAAGGAUCAAGGAGAAUAACUCUGUCAAGGCAAAGAACUGAUUCAAUUGUCAAAUGGAGAAAUUAGGGGGAGGGGGGGGUUUGAAAUAACAGUGUGGAGUUUUUCCAUUUCUUUUAUUAUUUUGUGGUUCUCAGUCUUCUGGGAUUCCUUUGAGUAAUUAGCAUACAUGUAUGCAAAACAUUAAGCGGAACAAAAAGCCAAAGAAUUGCAUGGUUUAACACUUUUGUUGUUUCUUUUCUUUCUACUACUUUUGUGUCUAUUUUUCCCCCCGGGAUGCUUGUGGUAGAUUAAAUGUGAUUGCUUUUGUUGAUUGAA